AUGCUAAAUUUAUAUAGAAGUAAUUUUCAGGCACAUCCUUUUCAUCUAGUUUCUCCUUCUCCAUGGCCUUUAUAUACAUCCAUUAGUUUAUUAAGCCUUACUACAUCCGCAGUUUUAUCUUUCCACGGGUUUGCUUAUGCAGAAUAUAAUUUAAUGUUAAGUUUAACAGUUUUAAUAUUAUCUAUGUCAUUCUGAUGAAGAGAUGUUAUAGCAGAGGAAAUAUAUUGGGUAAUUUUGACAUAUAUAGGUCAUCACACACUCGCCGUACAAAGAGGGUUGAACUUAGGUGUAGCUUUAUUUAUAGUAUCUGAAGCUUUAUUCUUCUUAGCCAUUUUUUGAACAUUUUUCCAUAGUGCUCUUUCUCCUGCAGUUGAAUUAGGUGCUAUGUGACCACCUAUGGGUAUUGAAGCUAUAGAUCCAUUUGAGCUACCACUGAUAAAUACAGUUAUUUUACUUUCUUCAGGGUUUACUGUUACAUAUGGACAUCACUUUUUAAUUAACGGUAACAGAAGUAAAACUUUAUACGGUUUAUUGUACACGGUUAUAUUAGCAACCAUUUUCACAGGGCUACAAGGUGUUGAAUACUCAGUUUCAUCAUUCACUAUCUCAGAUGGUGCCUUUGGAUCAUGUUUUUACUUUGGGACAGGGUUCCAUGGAUUACAUGUUAUGAUAGGAACAGCAUUUUUAGCAGUUGGUUUAUGACGUGUACUUGCAUACCACUUAACAAAUAAUCAUCAUCUAGGAUUAGAAGCGGGAAUACUUUACUGACACUUUGUUGAUGUUGUAUGACUAUUCUUAUUUGUAUCUAUAUACUACUGAGGAUCUUAA